AUGAACGUGUGCGAUACGCUGAAUGCCCGGCUGAAAACGCAGGGCGCCGAGGAUGGUAUUUCUGUGCCUACAAUCCCUCCUGGCGGCACCGCCAGUGUUCAUCUCCGGCUGUCCAUUGCCUCCCCGUCGGUGUCGCAAAAGAUACGCGGCUCGCUGACGUAUUUUGUGCAGGAGGGCGAAAACUCGAGCUCCGAGAAGCUAGACUUCAAGCUCGCCAUCCCGACCACCACCUUCCUGUCACCAGCGACUAUUGGAAAGGAAGCCUACGGCAUCCUCCUCUCCGGCGAUGAGAUCGACAUGACCGCGUCGGCGUCGUGCAGCAGCCCGUUGACUUUCAAGAAGACCGUGCAGCGCAUCACGCAACGGGCCAGGUUUUCGGUUGUGGAAGAAGUGGCUUCUGCCGCCUCCCUUUAUGCCACUACACAGACUGGCGAGCCGAUCGCGAUACUCGUCAAGAAAACGACUGACGGCCUCCAAAUCGACGGGAAAGCCGCCGACCAGCAGCUCAUCUCCAGCCUGGUCGACGAUUUGAGGGAGCUCUGCUCUCGCAAA